CCGCCGCUCGUUACAUCUGUCGCUCCUUGGCACCCCGCCUCACAGGACCGUCCUCGCGUCCUCCCUUCUACUUCAGCCUAAUACCCCAGAGGUUUCACCACCAGAAAAACACUUCAAGUAAUCAUGUUCUCCCGCAUCGCCGUCGCAACUUUUUUCGCCUCCGCCCUCCUCGCUGCCCGCGCGGACCCGAACCCGUCCGAGCCCGGCCCCGGCGACGUGUUCAACCAAGGCGCGAGCUGCCCCAUCGCCUGGGACGCCGAUGCGUCCGGCACCUGGAAGGAGAUGUACAUCGAGCUCAUGACCGGCGACAACUUCAACAUGGUGCACCUCACCACCGUGGCGAAGGUUGACGGGACCGACGCGAGCAACGCCUCCCUGACUUGGACAUGCCCCGAGGUCACGCCCAACUCCGCGAUUUACUUCUACCAAUUCCGCUCCCCGGCGUCGUCCACGACCUACUGGACGACCCGUUUCGCGAUCGCCUCCGCCUCCGGGCAGACUACGACCCCGACGAACGCGACCCAGCCCGGCACGGGCGACGCGAUCCCCUGGGGCACCGGCGCCUUCGUCGACCCCACGCUCGCCACCGCCGCGCCCGACCUCUCCUCUUCUUCCAACUCCACCACGGUCUCCUCCGGCGUGACCACCACCGCCACCGGAAGCGGAAGCGGAAGCGGAAGCGGCGGCGUGGCGUCGACCACCGCGUCUUCGAGCUCGGCGAGCAUCGCAGCGACCGAGUCCGGCGCCGUCUCGACCGUGCCGCACUUCAGCUCCACCGCAGGUGCCUCCGGCGCCGGCUCCGCAUCCGCAUCCGGCUCGGGCGCUUCCCCGUCGACGACCGCGGACGCAUCCGCCGCCGGCCGCGCCGGUAUCAGCAUGCUCGCUCUGGGCGGCACCUCCGCGCUCGCGUUCGCGCUCCUCGCCCUCUAAGCAGGCGCCGUAAUAUCGCAGUCGUCUUUUUUUUUGGGAUCGUUCGUUUCUUAACGUCGCGUCACGAGCUGAUUGAUGAUGGGACAUGUGUAUACAUCCUCACGUACCUCUCACACCGACAACGUACUUGUCAUCGCCACCGGAUAUCGAUCACUUAUUUAAUUGGUCCAUGUGUCGGAACGCUCUUCCCGUCUCGCGGGCGCUCGUGAACAUCUUACUGGUUUUCUCUUUGUCGAGUUUGGAUGGCAUCUUCUUUAAUCCAGUCAUACAUGAAUAUGAUCUCUGAACGC